UUUCAUUUUUGUGGUCUUCAAAAAUAAAUGGUUGGUUUCUAUGAUUCUGUUGUCCGAUUUUUAAAUUGUAGAUGAGAAAUGUGUGAAAACUUCACUAAACUUUGUGUUUUUAGCGAAAGUACGCCACAACCUCACAAUAAUUAGUCUUUUCAUUGAAGCAUAUCCUCUAACUUCAUCCCAUCGCCAUGGGGUGGCACUCGCCACUUUUUGUCCCAGGCCAGCUAGGACCUUUGCAUAAGUCUUACACGAGCACAGGUGCACAGAUGUUUGCGGAUCCUUCGUGACUUUUCGUCCCUGACAACCGCCGUUUAAUCAAUACCCCCACAUGGCGUUCAGUUCGGAGCUGGAUCAGUGAGUCACAGUGCGCGAAAAAUGGCGAAGAAGGGAGGCGUCCAGCAGCUCCAGGCGGACCUCUCCACGGACGAGGAGUUCGAGAAGUUCCUGCAGCGACCCGGAUUGCUGGUGCUCGACAUAUACUCCGAGUGGUGCGGACCUUGCCUGGGAAUGGUGGGCAGCCUGCGGAAAAUCAAGCUGGAGCUAGGAGGCGAUAACUUGCAGCUGGCCAUCUGCAAAGCGGGCUCCAUAUCCUACCUGAAGCGCUUCAACAAGAAGAGCGAGCCCACCUGGAUGUUCGUCACGGGCGGCAAGGCCAUCAACAUCAUGUUCGGCACGGACGUGCCCAAGCUGGUGGCCAUGAUCACCCGGAUGCUGCAGUCGACGCUGGCCAAGGAGUCGCAUGUGAGCUACGAGGUCACGGAGCUGCAGCCGAUCGAGCUGGAGCAGCUGGAGGUGCGCAACAAAGCGCUGCGCCUGGCAGAGGAGAUCGAGCUGGCGGAGAGUCGGCGGAAGAGGCUAGAGUACCUGCACAGUGUCACCGACUGCAUCAUGGCCAACUUGCCCGACAUCGGGAUUACUGUCUUUGGUCCGCAGGUGAACCGCGACAUGUUCAAGAAGCUCUCGGAGCCGGCCGAUCCGCUGAAGAUCCAGUGCAAGGACCGCAAGGUCUUCACCAUCCUGCCCGGCGACAUGGCCACGGUGAACUUUGCGGCCGAGAAUCCACUGGCCGCGGAGGUCAUCGAACAGCUCUACGACAAGGAGCUGCUCAUGUGCUUCUGGAAGGUGGAGGAGGUGCUCGGCAGUCCGCCCACCGUGCUUCGACAGUACGCCCAUGAGCUGACCAAGGAGACCAUCAAGCCGCCGGACGAGUUUAACGAGGAGGAGAUCACCGUGCCGCCCAUGAUAGUGCCGCUGGAGGUGAGCGUGGAGAUCCCCGAGCCAGAGCAAUCCGAGGAGUUGCAGGACACCCAGAACGCUCAGCAGCCAGUCGAUAUUAAGAGCGACCAUGUUAAGGAAGGCGGGGAGGAGGAGGAAGUGGAGGGGGUGGCAGAAACAGAGGAAGAAGCCGUUCCUCCAGCCGAAGCCGCGGCAGUUCCCAGGAGCGAGCAAAAGAAGACCAAGAUCAUCCGGAUACCUCCGAUCUGGGUUCCCAGCGACCAGCGCACCCAUGCAGCCCUCAUCUACACCUACUUUCGGGCCCAGACCUCGACCUUUCUGCCGCCGGAUCCCGUGCCGGAGCCGCCGCACAUCGUGAUGAUCUUCGACGCCUACAAGAAGAAGGACCUGGCCAUUCUCCUCGAGACGUGUCGCGAGGACAUUCCGCUUUACGGCUUCUUCAACGGGGACAAUCCCCAGACGGCGGUGUUCAUAGCCAACUCGGUGGACAAGUACAACGCCAAGCCCUAUGUUCCCACCGACAAGAUCGUGCUGAAGGUGAACAAGGUCAGCAGUCCGACCAUCCCCACGCUGAUGGCCUAUGGUCCCAGCUACGUGAGCGCCAACUCGGUGAUCGGGCACAAGGAGGCCAGCCAGUUCUUCCCCGCCAAUUACAAGUCCGCCCUGCAGGAGGAGGAGGAACUGCACGCCGUCAAGGCGGAGAAGCCCAAGAAGCGCAAGAAAAACAAAAAGGGCGGAGAUCCCGAGGAGAGUGGUAAGGCGGACGCCGGUCUGGCGGAUGCGCAGCAGGAGGCGGACGAGGCGGUGAAGACUUCGCCGGAGGAGGGCGCCUCCACGACGAGCAGUGGCGAGGACAGCUGCGAGAGUCGUCCUGCAACGGCCGAUGGUGCCAAUCCCGAAGCUCUGCCGGCCCCAUAGAUCACACUUUUCACACACACUAUUAUAUUUAUGAGCAUAUUAUGAGCUUAUUUGCACCUUCA